AAACUUGCCGACUCCAACGCCACUUCCUUUUGUCCUCUACACCCAACUUUCGAUUUUAACGACCGUCGGGUGUUUGUGCUGUGCGCUUCGCGACCGCCUUCUCAUUUUUCGCGAAUUUUCCUCAUUUUUUCUCUACUAUUUCUCGUCUCCCAGACCCGACGGACACGCCCGCGUGUUCAGUCUUUUGAGAGGGGGGCGCUGAAGCGCAGAAACUUGAGUUCUCGUACUUUCCACACUGAUGACUCAAGCGUCCGCCUGAUGCAUCCUGACGGCCGCUGCAAGCAACAUAGACACUUGCUUGACGAUAUUUGGCUUUAGCAGUCCGUCACCAUGCCUAUUGGAGAUCUCCUCGCCCAAAUAAGUGGCGAUAAGUCACAAAGCACAUCACCAGCUCCAUCGAGGCCAGCCCUUCCGCCCCCGAAAAGGAAAGCCGACGACGACCUCCGCAGCACCGUCUCGAACAAGCUUCCGCGAACAAGUACAAACGGUGCCAGCUCGUCUGCACCCCCCAGAUCUGCAGAUGCUCAAAGACCCGCACGGCCUGCGGAGAAGUCUUCGACAACAACCACUGGCUAUCGAGGCAGCGCCGGACGACCAUCCGAUCGAUCCACGUCUGCGCCUAGGCCUGUCGGAAAUGGCACGACGUCAACAAAAUCCAGCUCUUCCGGUGCCAGGCCGGUGAAUGGCUCGGGCACAUCCAGAGUGACAUCGACACUGCCUAGUCGACCUUCUCCGUCAGCUCCUGCCGCGGCACCGAAAGGUGCACCGCCAAAGAAGGGAUCUUUCGCCGAGAUCAUGGCGCGGGCUCAACAGGCUCAGACCAAACUGGGCCAAGUCGGCAAGAUUCAGCACAAGCCGGUGGAAAAGGUAUUUACCAAGAAAGAGCGAGAGGAGAUGAAGAAGGAUUACAAGAAGGACCCCAAGGGCGCAGCGAGGCCGGCGUCGAAAUUUCAGGGUACCUCAAGGCCGUCUUCGGCUCCGCCUUCACGUAAUGGGGUCAGUGCAAUCGGGUCAAGUGCCAGCCGGAACGGAACCGCCGACAGAGCGAGAGACCCUAGGGCUGGCGUAAAGGCACGCGCGGCUGCCGCCGAGGAAGAGCAGCAGAAGAAGCUCAAGAAAGCCGCCGUCGCCACCACAGGAUACACGGGCACCGCCCGCCCGAAACCCGGAGCUACCUCGGCAAAGAAGAAGCCGGCACCAGGAGGCGCCCUCCUCAACUCCCGACCCGCCCCGCGGUACGGCGGCUCCGCGAAACGUUCACGUUACGACGAGGAAGAGGAGGAGGAAUUCGACGACUUUAUCGAGUACGACGAAGACGAGGAAGACGACCGUGGCCCCCGGUACCACUACGACUCUGAUGGGUCUUCAGACAUGGAGGCCGGCAUGGAUGACGUGUGGGACGAGGAAGCGGCGGCUGAGCGCGCGGCCCGUCGCGAGGAUAUUGAACAGGAGCGGCUCGAGAAGCGUCUCAAGGCCGAAAAGGAGGAGCGCAAGCGCAGAUUCUACGAGGAGCAGCGACGACGCUAGGUUUUCUUUUCCUCCAUCAUCUCCAACCUCCAUUUCUCCCAUUAUCUUUUACCAACAGGGGGUUUGGAUCUGGCACUUCUGAGGUAUUUGCACCGGUACAGGCGCGGCUCAGCAUCACAUUAGCGAAGGCGUUCAUUUUGAACUUCAAGUUUGUUUUGUCACUAUCAUCAUUAUGGGAUAUUACUACACUCCACGGCCGGUCUCUUUUGGCCUCUUUUCAUAAAUCAUCACAUAGGGAACAGGUAGAUACGUGCCACGGCUCAAUGAUACCUCG